AUGGCAGAGACGGAUGCCCCCAACUGGGGCUUUGGCUUACCACCCAUGAACAUUAACCCCGUUGGAACGUCCUUCGUCACCCACUUUCAGACUUGCGACGCCACCGAGAUGCCCUCUUUGAACACCGCCGAUACAAACACCAUGUCCUGGAACGCGAAUUUCGCCAUCCCCGUCCCUCAUACCCGACUCCCCGCGUGGUCCCGCGUCGCGAUUCAACCUCAUGCCUCUACCAGCUUUACUGGUCCUAUUAUGAAGCGCGUUGGUCUCUGCGCCCGACGACCUAUGAUGAACGCACACACCGCUGCGCAGACCCAAACAUUUGUCAAGCCUGUACCUGAGCCCGAAACCCGCGAGGUGGAGACUCGUAACAUCCGGAGACGACUCGAGAAGUACCAGCCUGCCCAGGAGGAGGCUCAGUUUGAGGGCCGACCUUCCUCGCGAGCACAGGUGGCUGCUAUGAUUAUGCAGGCCAAGGUUGACACUUCCAACAACUUCAUGCUUUACUCAUCCUCGACCUCUUGGGAGGACAAGAAGCAGUGCCGACGCGGUACCUACGUCCAAGUCACCCCAGUCAAGCGAUAUGCCGGCUCCGACAUGCCCAAGGGUAUCGACCCUGUUGGCGGCAACAAGUUCAACAUUUACAACGAAGUGAUGCCAAUCAUCAUCCGCGCCUUGAAGAAGGGUAUGGACGAGGUGGACUACACCACUGCCUCCAUUGCCGAGACUUCUUCCAUCAUGCUCGACAUUCGCAGAGAUCCUCGACGACAUGUGGCCGCACGAGGUGUUCCAGACCUGUCUGAUAUUGCCGAUGUGACGGAGCCUCUAAGCCCUCACAUGAUUAAACCCCCCACCCUCAAGGCCGAGUCGCGAUCCCCUCGAAAGCGAAUUGCCCGACUCACAAGCCCCAUCAAGAAUGGACUCCACCGUAUUACCAGCAGCAUUGUCAAGCUGGUCCCUAGCGCUAGCCCCAAGGCUGAGCCUUCUCCUACCAAGUCGGCAUCUGCGCCAUCUACUCCCCUCAGGCUGUCUCCCACCCCCACGAAGCAUGCCAUUACUCCAGCUGGCAACUCUAGCCCCUUGUCGCGAUUGUGGCAUACCGCGCCCCAAAACCUCUCGAUUGAAGAGUCACCCGCCCGUCCUGGUCGCGUUUUCCGAGCACCAUCUUAUGCCGACUCAUCCUCCCUCACCAACCAAACGAGCAAUGCCUCACUCUCUGCUGAGGAGUUCUCUCCGGUCAAGUUCUCCCGGCCUGUGGCACCUACUCCCUCUCGAUGGAACCGCCCUGAGCCAGCCACCCCUCAGGCCCUUACACCGAUGCCCAUCAAGUGGACUCCUGGUCGGAGCGACAGCCCUAUCGGCUUGGCCGCUCUUAUUCCCCCAUCCACUCCCCAAAUGCCAAAGUGCACCUUCAAGGUUGAGACACCCACCAAUGCCGAGUUCCACUUCGGCGAGGUGUCUGCCUCGUUUAAUUCUCCUUCUUGGAUGAACGCCUCUACCAAGGCCAGUGAGCCUCGAAGAAUCAAGACUGUCAACUCCGCCCGUCGCCGACAGAGCGAACCACUUCUGCGACAGCACUUCAAGUCGCAGGCCCGACGUAAGUCGUUGUCGCCGCGAAAGGUCAGAUUCCAGGAUGACGAUAUUGUCUGCGACAAUGCCUCUAUUACACCGCCCCUGCCUUUGGCAUGCCCUACUGCUCCCGAGACCAACGUUCCUAAGAACGUUAGUGCUGCUGACGAGGACGUCACAAUGGCCACUGCCGAGCCCAUCAAUGUUGAAGCCGAGCCUGAAACCGCGGUUGAAGACAAACCUGAACCUGUCCACCAACAACCCCCAACUGUUGCUGUCACUCCUGCUGAGGACACCCCAAAUAUCCAUGCUCCCACUCUCGAACACGGCGUUUUGAACAUUGACAUGCGCCAGAACCCUGAUAUCUUCGGCGCGCAAGUCUCUUCCCCUCCCGCCCCCGUGCAGCAACUUGCUCAGUUUGCGAACGAUGGAUGCGCUGGCAACGCUAAGGUCGUAGUCACGCAAGAGAAUAGUAGACUCUUUGUUCGGUUUAAGCUUCCGACCGACUACUCCUACAUGUUCCCAGACAGCCAGGGACUCGAUGAGUCUCGCUUCACGACUUCACCGUCGGCUAUUUCUUCUUCGCCUAGAAUCAACUUCAACAACCACCGUCAACAUUCUUUCCAGCAUUCUGUCAUGUCUCCGGCUUGGUCGAACUUUGACAACACCCCCAACAUGUCGGCCAACGCUGACCGAACGCUGGUUAUGGAUUGGCCUUUGAACGGUUUUGGCUCAACACAAAAGACUCCUUCGAAACGAGACAUGUCCUAUAGUGUUUUGGAGCAGACUCCUACUAUUGCACCGGGCCUUGCACAACAUGCCACCCCUUUGGCGCAGACGCCGGUGGUCAGAACUCCCGAAGUUCCCCAAAUGGGCAACUCCAGCCCCCUGUUUUCCGAGCUCACUGCUUCUGCGAAGCCUACAUCGCCUCUUGAGCCUACCCCUAUGCGAGAGCGCAUUGAAGAGACCCCUAUCAAGUCUACAGACGCAAACACACCUACUCCUGCUCCCUCGACCGUGGCAAAUGUCACACCUGUUCCAGCUAACAAUGUCUUGGUGGCGAACGGCACUCCAUCUGUGGCAACGACCCCUACAACCUCCUUUACUCCUGUCAACAAGACAUCGCCGCGAAUUCAAGUCACUGCACCAUCUGAUGAUACCUCGACAACACCUGAGAAGAUGACACCAGCGAAGACCACACCCGUUCCAAACAGCCCUGCAGUUCCUGCGAGCGCUCGCCAAGAAACUUUUGACGAUAGCCCUGGGCGAGAUUACAUGAGAGACUUUAUCAAGCGUUCCCGUCAGACCACAACUACAGAAACCGGCUCGCCCAUGGCGCCUUCAGCGAAGCGACAACCUCUGGUGGCUAAGAGCCCCAACACUGGAAGUCCUCAGAAGAAGCGCAAGCUUGAAAAGGACGAAGAGGCUCAAUCGCCGCUUAAGAAACACAAGGAGCCUAAGGAGUCUAAGGAACCCAAGGAAUCCGACGAGCCCAAAGAACCAGCGGCGAAGCGUGUCCGCCGCACUGCCAAGGCCACCAAGCGGAAGGUUGACCCGGUCGUGGACAAGGCUGAUGACGCCCCAACCGUCCCGGAGGUGACGGCCGAACAGGUCGACAGGAAGGAUGACCAAGAUGAUGAGGCCGAGCUGGAUGGGCCAUUGACUCGACGAUCUACUCGUCUACGCACCCAGACUGGAAUCAGCUCGGGACCGAGAUCAUCGAUCCCCACUGCCAUCAAGCUGGGCCGAUCUGGUGCUGGCCGGGCCGGCGGUGCGGUCCUAAACUCGACUGUCCGAAGUGAUCAACAAGAGCUCACCGCGCAGACGCGCAUGAAUACGAAGAAGAAUAAGGGAUCUUCUGAGUAUCCCGCGCAAGUUCUGGCUAGAGUUGCAGAAUCUUCGCAGGGGGACGACUCGGACAAUAGCUCAGAUGUGCCAUCAGACUCGUCUAAGGGACGAAAGUGUGUUGUAUGGAAGGAGCCUCUUGAGAUGGUCAAGGAGGAGAAGCCCUCAAAGGGCAAGACAGUGCCAAAAGCCAAGGCUACCCAGGGGAAGACGGGCAUCGCGAAGCCCAAGACGACUUCCCAGAGCAAGCGCACGGCAAAGCUUGCAGAGAACCUGGGCAUGGUGGCUAAUGGUACACCUGCGCGGCCGACGCGAAUGACGCGAUCGAGAACUCGCUCGCAGAUUUAG